AUGUCUACCAUCACAUUCGUCACUGGAAACAGCAACAAGCUUAAAGAAGUGAUUGCCAUCUUGGGCGGUGAGCCAAGCGCCGAAGGCUCCAAGGUUGGCAAAUUCACCGUCGUCAACAAGUCUUUGGAUUUGGAUGAGGUUCAAGGUACCAUCGAGUCUGUCACUAUUCAUAAAGCCAAAGAGGCUGCCAAGCAGGUGAAUGGUGCUGUUUUGGUUGAAGACACUUGUCUUGCGUUCAAUGCCAUGAACGACUUGCCAGGUCCAUAUAUCAAGUGGUUUGUCCAGGCAGUUGGUCUUCAAGGUCUUGUGGAUAUGCUCUACAAGUUUGAAGAUAAGGGAGCCAAAGCAGUUUGCACUUUUGGAUACUGUGAAGGCCCAGACAGCGAGGUUAAGUUGUUCCAGGGCGUCACCCACGGCAAGAUCGUUGAUUCCAGAGGCCCUACUAACUUUGGUUGGGAUGCAGUGUUUGAGCCAGAGGGAUUCCAGGAGACUUACGCUGAGAUGGAUAAGAGCGUCAAGAACACGAUAUCGCACCGUUUCCGUGCCUUGGACAAGUUGAGAGAGUACCUUCUCCAACAAUAA